AUGGCAGAAUCACACGACGACAACCCAGCUCUCUUCGAGGACGAUGAUAACCGAGCAGUCUACAUCUUCGCCCCGGCAGGUCACGGUGGCUCUCCACAGCAAGAGAAAGCACGGCCAGUGAAGAGGCGGAAAUUUACCAGCAAACGCGCUUCUUCUUCAUCUGCUGCCGCAGCCGCGGAAGUGGUACGAGAGGGUGAGGCGGAGAUGGAGAGGGCGCAGACGACCACUGCUGCUGCUGCUGCCUUUCCUCCACUGUUUGGCGGGAAGGAGAGUGUGGAAGCUGCGGCGUUGAGGAGGCAGGUGUUUGAUACGGCAUGGCCGGUUCUUGAUGGACGGAUUAAGAAUGUCCUGAGAGAGGCAAACCGGACGACAUUAGAGGAUGUCAGCUCGUUUAUCCGCGAUGCUGAGGGUGAUACAACAAGAGGAACAAGAAUCCCAGCCGGCUUCAUCAUCACCGGCCCCAACAUUGCCUCCCAAGACUUGCUCUUCGAGCAACUCUCCGAAGCUCUCGGCAAAGCCACACAAGCCCGAUUCGUCCGUUUACGAGCGGCCGGGGUGCCGAACCUCAAGGCAGCGCUGAAAAAGGUGAUAAGAGACGCCACUGCGCAAGUGUCUAGUGACGGCGGCGGCGGCGGCGAUGGGGACGAAGACGCCAAGGUUACCUUUGGUCGGGAUGGCAGGAAGUACCUCGACUAUGACCUGGAGGGAUUACACGCUUUUCUUAGCUCACAGCAGGAUCCAUUGAAGCGAGUUAUUGUGGCGUUCGAGGAUAGCGAGGCGUUUGAGAGCUCGCUGUUGACUGAUUUGCUUGCUCUUUUCCAUUCAUGGCAGGGGCGCAUCCAGUUCUCCGUACUCUUCGGCAUCGCUACCUCGGUCGAGUUGUUUCAGGCGCGACUCCUCAAAUCUACUGCCCGACAACUGUUCGGUGCCAAGUUCGAUGUCGUCCAGGCAGACUUGGUACUUGAUAAUGUCUUCAAGAGCGCCAUUGCUGGGACGCAGGCGACGCUUCGACUAGGGCCCGCGUUAUUGAGGAAUCUGCUGGAUCGCCAGCGGGAUCAGGUUGCUGGUAUCCGGGUGUUUAUCAGCUCUAUUAAGUACGCCUACAUGUGCCAUUUUUACGCAAACCCUUUAAGUGUCCUGCUUGCGGAUGAAAAAUCUCUCACUCGUCAGCUCCUCCAACCUGAGCACCUCCAGGCUGUACGGACGCUUGACUCGUUCAAGGCACAUGUCGAGGCCGCUGUGGACGCGAGACAGCUCAACCAUGCACAGUCACUCGUCGAAGAUGACGGCUACCUCGUCAAGCAAAUGGUUGAGCAGCGGCAGAAAAAGCAGGACUACCUGAUGCAGCUAUUGCGUUCUCUACACCUCUUGACAAGCAUGGACCUCGUUCCCAGCCGUUUCACCGACCUCUACGUAUCUGCUCUCGCCGGCGGGCUUGAUCUAACUCCCACCAUCGACGCCAUAAAAAGACUAGGAGCAGACGACGUCCCCGCCCUUAUUAACCGCCUACUGGCUGCCAUCCAAACCGGUAAUCCCGACCUCGACCUGCCCGGCUGGGAGGACGAAGCCGAGGAUCUCAUCAGCUCCCUCACCGAAAUCCGCGACGAGAUCGAGGCCCUAGCUGAGCAAGCCCGAGAGAAGGGCCAACAAUCCCUCAAGAGCAAAUUCACCGCCCAGAGCAAAAUCCUACGCACAACCGUCGUCGCCCAAAAGGUCCAGCUCAGCCAGGACACGGCCAAGCUAACGGAAGAAGACAAGGCCUUUGGCAAGACCAUCGACUCCCUCGUCGAUUUACUCACCCACCACAUCUACAGCGAGCCCAUCGACAGCCUGUUUCUGCACCAAGCAUGGGCGUACGACGCCGAGGCUCCUUACCGGGACGUCUUUGUUCCGCGGCCGGGGACCACCUUUGAGCGGGCUUUGACGAGGCCGCAUGGAUAUCUCGGGUGUGAAUGCUGCAGCAAAACCACAGGGACGCUGUCGGCUACGCUGCCGACGACGUGUAUUCUGUAUCAACUGUACCUUGAGACGGGAUCGUUGGUUAACGUGGCGGAUCUCUGGUCGGCGUAUUAUGCGCUGGUGGGCGAGGAUUCAGAUGUGGGACUGGGUGAGAGGGAGGCGCUGGUGCGGUUCUAUCGCGGACUGGCGGAACUGAGGUUAAUGGGCUUUGUCAAGCAGAGCAGGAAGAAGGCGGAUCAUGUUGCUAAGGUGAAGUGGUUAUUGUGA